UGUUUCACUGACAAAGUUGAAUGGAGAAAAGAAAUGUUGCGACAGACUAUGGUAACACACGCUCUCCUUAGAGAUUUGAUCCCCCAAAAGCGACUUAUUUCAAAAGUGCUGCAAACAUUCUUGACACGGUUCACUCAAAAAGUAGAAAAGGAAGUUAAGUUGCCCCUUAAUCAAUUUGAGGAAAUUGAAGCGUUAAAUACUGCUCUAUUGGAUAUGGAACUCAGCGUAAGCCUCUGUGCAAUCCAAAUUGAUAAGUUACGUUUGUUGAAAACGGAACUUCUGAUUUGCAAAUCACUUUUUGUCUCUCUUCUUUCUGCCCAACUGCCCCACAAAAUCCAAUGGAAAAAACGAGGACAAGACCGACGUCCUGGAUUUGGACAUUUAACCAAUUUCGUCGCCGUAUUUGGAGUUGUGGUCAUGGCCAUUUUGGAAACUCAUAAGAAGCAAACAAACAUCAGCAAGAUUAUUACAGCAGUGCAAACUGCGCGUAGGUUCCACGCAGCUCAAUACCAGAAAUACCUGAAUACCGACACCGAAGCAAAUGACGAAGAUGUCGGUGGCGAAGGUGAACGCCCAAGGGUCGAUGUGCAGACUAUAUCAGAAAUUGAAUCACGAGUGAAUCAGAUUCUAAAAUCUCUGGAAGUGUAUUCUGACACACAAGCCUAAUUUAAAAUUGCUAUUUGCCUGAAUGUUGAAUUAAUGUUUUUCGUUAAAGCAGUGACAUCGUGUUUAGUUUUCAUUCCUUAACAAAUAAAUUCAGCAAAUGGUUUUCUGUUUA